CGAGAUCUCUGUUGAAAGGGGCAUCAAGUGCUGACGCAGGUUGCGGAGCUUUGGAGCGCAGCGCUGUGGAAAGAUGCAGGCGUGCAGCGCUGCCUUUCAGGGCGCGUCGGUUGUUUCCCAUACUGCAAGGCAUCUGUCAGCUUCUGCAGAGGGCACCCAAAUAGACUUACUGAAGAGCGGGUCAGCUGUGGGAACUCAAAAACUUCAAAGAGCACCUCUUCUUGCAAGGACUAUUUUUGCUGAUCUCUCGUCGGCGUUCCCUGCGUCGUUGAACGCAGCGCCAGCAUCUGUGUUUGUAGCUUCAUCAGAGAAAGCGACAGCUAGUGGUACCUCAUGCAGUCUACGGCGAAGAAGGGAGGAGCGUAAGGGUUCAGCGGGGAUUUGUCACGCUGCUGCGACCCUUGAGAGUCCAAGAAUUGCUUCAGAUGAAGACCGGCAAGAGCACAACGAGCUGUUCAACUGGAAGCAGCAAUGGUAUCCAGUGUCCCUUCUUGAGGAUCUCGACCCCUCAGCACCAACGCCAAUCCAACUUUUAGGCCGGCCUCUAGUUCUCUGGAAGGACAGCAAAGGAAAAUGGAUCUGUUUGGAGGACAAGUGUCCGCACCGAUUGGCUCCAUUGUCGGAGGGACGGAUUGACGAGUCCGGCUUUCUGCAAUGCUCGUACCAUGGGUGGUCGUUUGACGGCGACGGCAAGUGCGCGGUCAUUCCCCAGGCGGCGUCCAGUGGGCCUGAGGCGGCUGCUAACAGGAACUCGAGAGCGUGCGCGGUGGCUCUUCCCACCAGAGAAUUUCAGGGCCUCCUCUGGGUCUGGCCCGACACGGCAAACCCGGAAGCCUCGUUUUUCAAGGAGCCCGCAAGCCUGCCGCCCGCGUUCAGCGACCCCGCAUAUGCAACCGUGGGCAUCCAGCGAGAUCUGCCGUACGCUUACGACACGCUGACGGAGAACGUUGCGGACCCGAGCCACAUUGACUUCGCUCACCAUAAAGUGACCGGGAGACGCGACCGGGCGCGGCCGCUCAAUCUGCGGGUCGAGGAGGCGAGCAUGAAUGGGUUCAAGGGCGGCACCCAGAACGACCCCCCCGGAAAGCCCCGCUUCUUCUCCGAGUUCCACCCGCCCUGCCUCUUCGUCAACCGCAUCGAGAUCCCCGCGCCCUUCAAGCCCCCCGUUAUCGGCGGCCCCGACGUCUGGGAGAUUUACAUCGCGUCCUAUAACAUCCCGUCCGCGCCCGGCAAGAGCCGCUCGAUCGUCAUAAGCGCGCGCAACUUCUUCCAGUUUCUCUCCCCGGGGGGAAAUUGGUGGCAACCGGUGCCCCGGUGGUACGAGCACAUCACGUCCAACAAGGUGUACGAUGGAGACAUGCUGGUCCUCCAAGGCCAGGAGAAGUAUUUGAGUGGCAUCUCGGCAAAGGACUACGGCCGGGUGACGUACACGCCGACGUCAGCGGACCGGCUCGUCCUCGCUUUCCGGAAAUGGCUGCACAAGCACGGCGGAGGCGGGCCGGAAUUCCCGGAAGGGGUCCCUCUGGAGCCGAACGUGGAGCGGAGCCGGCGAGAGAUGCUCGACCGGCUGCAUCAGCACACGGAGGUUUGCUCCUCAUGUCGUGGGGCCUUGACCGGCCUGAAACGGUUGCGCUACGGGCUGAUGGCUAGCGCGGCUUUGUCGCUCCUCUUAAGCUCUGUGGCUGGCACUCUCCCGCUUCGUCUCGCUUUUACGACAGGCUCUCUAUUGGCACUGGGUAUGGCGGCUUUUGUGUACUUCAAGCUUGAGCAGGAGUUUAUAUUCAGAGACUAUGUCCACGCGCACAUUGAAUGAGCAGUAGUCAUAAGAGCACAGGCAAUUGCAGCACGCGCUUAGCUUAGCAAGGGAGGAAAGCUGUCAAACGAGGAUCGUAGGCCGCGGCAGUCAGGCAAGCAUUGAACGGCAUGGCGGAAUGUGUACAAAACCUUAAUCGGUCCGCCAUCUGAGACAGUCAAGCAUUGGACGUCAAGCAGACGUACGCAAAUCAAUUGCUGAGCGGGCUUCUCUGUUGUAAAAGUGUUGAAUGAGCCGUUUCAUACACAGUAGCAUAGUCGCACAGGUUGAGAUCAGUUCGUCAACAUUGAUGUUCGGGAACACUUUCCACGACAAUUGUCGGGGAGAACCAGUACUUUGC